AUGUCGCCGACUCCUCCUGGGCUGGAAAUUCGCCCGCACCCAACCAAGGGCCGCGCACUGUACUCGACCCAGUCAUUCGUUCCUGGCCAGACCAUCCGCAUCUUCGCCUGUCCAGUCCUCCUCCUGCCCUCGACAGCCCAUCUCAGCGCCGUCUGCAGCUACUGCCUCCGACUCGGCGAGCCCCGGGCCUGCUCCGGGUGCCAGGCCGUCUGGUACUGUGGCAAGGCCUGCCAAGCAGCCGCUUGGAAGUCGACCCUGUCGACGGUCGGUCAUGCGCGCGAGUGCUCCAUCUUCCGCAAGCAGCGCCUCGCUGGCAGACCGUCGGGGAACCUGCCGACGCCGGUGCGUGCGCUGCUGCAGAUGCUCCUCGACGACGACGUGGCGCGCGUCGUCGAUGCGCUCGAGGGCCACGUCGUGCAGAGGCGUGGGAGGAACGAGGAAUGGAAAGAUCUGCAGCUCAUGGCCAUGGCCGCAUGUGCAUACGCCAAGGGGCGGGCCGAGGAAGGCGAGCUGAAGCGCGCUGUUGAGCUUCUCUGCAAGAUUCAGACCAACGCCUUCCACAGAUCCGAUGCCGACCUCGGGCAAGUCGGUAUAUUUCUCGAACCAACUCUCGCCAUGGCCAACCACUCUUGUCUUCCCAACGCCAUGGUCGAAUUUUCAACAAGGAAAGCUAUACUAAGAGCGGAGAGGCCUAUCCAAGCUGGCGAAGAAAUUGAAAUAUCCUACACAGACCCAACAGACUACACAUAUCCAUUGACGAAGAGAGUCGAGGCGCUUGCUCAGUAUUGCUUCCAGUGCGCCUGUUCUCGCUGCACCGAGGACCUCAACGUCUACCAAGUGUGCGCCAUGACGAAAUCGACCACGCCCGCCGGACUCAGUCUGGUCCCCGACGCUUCCAAGCUUCGAGCUCACCCGGCCGCCAGAGACCAGGCACAGCAUGCUCUCGUAAAAUCAAUGGGCGAAUCUGCCGCCGGACCGAUAGAACCCCCCCCAGCGACAGCCUCGCUCCCGUUGCGGCGCCAUCUGCUGCGGUCGCAGUACGGCAACUGCCAGGGGUUGGUAGCCGGCGAACUGUGGGCUGUCACGCCGGUGCCGCAGAUGCUGUCCGAGCUUGUCAUGUACUACGUCGAGGACGGGAACUAUCCGUUUGCACUGUCGGUGGCAUGUCUGAUAGCGACCGCGAGCGAUCCUUCUCGAUUCGUCUCCCCAUUCCACCCCACGAGGGCGAAAAACCUCUUGAUGGUGGCAAAACUCCUCAGCCACACGGCCGAAGGAACGGCGGGGUUGGGAAAAUCUGUCAAGUCGGUGGCAGGCAGCGUACAUUUGGAACAGGACGUUCAGGAUACGCUGCAGGACAUUGACCAGGUUUCGCUGUGCCAGAUGCUGCUGGUUAUGGUGCUCCGAACAGCUCUGCCUGGGGACGCUGACGACGGCGGGCUUGCUGCGAGAGCGCGGGAGAUGCUGGACGACAUAGAGCAGCUCCAAGGCAGGCAGAAGGAGCUUUCCUUCAUAAAUCCUUGGAUCGAGGACCCCGGGAGCGAGCAGUCGACGGCCUUUUUUGACUAUGCCGUCGCUCAGCAGGUCGACGCUCUUGCCAGCUUGGGGCGCGCCGUCCUACACAUGGACUUUGGCCCCGACAAUCGAUGA